AUGGCCGACGCUGGUGCGCAACUGGUACAAUCGUUGGGUCGUAUCCUACAAUCUACUCUAGUUUCAAUCGAGAUUGUGCCAGGGGACCCCGAAACUUGGGGCGCUUCAAAUACUGAAGGUUUUCUGUUAUCGCAGUCUCCGGAGGGCCAAAAUCUAGGCGUUUUCCAGAAGCACCUUUAUAGCAUAUAUCCGACUGCAGUCUCUAUGUUGAAAACAAGCGCUCACAACGCCUCAGCAGUCAUUCUCCUUGCUAAUCCUGCUCACCAAACUGCCUGGAAUGCGCGUAAACAUCUAGUUCUCCAGUCGGAGCCGCACUUUGCUGAGUCGGAACUGCUGUUCUCUGAGCGUCUUAUGCCGAGCUCAAAGCCUGCUGCCAAAGAGUCCAUCGCAUGGGCCUAUCGACGUUGGUUACUUCACUAUAUCUAUGGUGCCACUGCCCUUCCUGUAAAACGUGUCGAAUCAGAGUUCUUGCUCGUCUCAAAAUGCUGCGAACUCUAUCCCCGCAAUUAUUUCGCGUGGUCGCACCACUAUUUUACCGUCGACUGUCUUGUUACAGCUCUCGAUGCUGACCACAACCUUGACUCUCCCUAUAUUGGUGUCCUGCUUGGAAGAGCUCAUAGUCUUCGUCGAUGGAUCGAGACCCACGUCUCUGAUUUCUCCGCCAUGGAUCAGUACUGCAAACUGUUAUCUCGAGUCAAUUCUCUCUCGUAUUAUCGUCACGCAUUCUCAGCGCUAUUGGACCCCCCUACCCACCUUCACCACACCAUUGAACUCAUACAAACUUAUCCCAAUGAAUCCUUAUGGAUGUUCCUCCGAGCUCUUUUAAUCGUUUUCCCACAACUGGUUGAAUCUGCUGUUUCCCUCACCUCAGACUUUGAAAGCGUGCACAGAGACAGAUUCGCUCGAUGGGUCCAGCGUAUUAUACCAGGUGUUGUGUUGUAG